AUGGCGCGUCACCGCCGCAGGCCCAACGAGGAUUAUUCGGACGGUUCGAACUCGGACUCUCCAGAUGACGUGUCCUUGUCGGACGAGGAUAAGGUGUUCGAUGUCGAGGUCGAUGAUACCGGCUAUGAGACGAGCCCGACAGACAUUGACGACGAAGAAAGCAACGACACUGGUGACUUUGGCGAUGAUUGUAACGACUUUGACAUAGAAGACCAGGUACAGCUCUUCGACGGAAAUCUGCACCCUCGAGAGUACUACCUCAAGCAACUAAAAGAGUUCAAUGAGGCCGCAUAUAAUGAUGAAGAUUACAGUAAGGGUAGUACCAUACUUCUCGAUGGAAUAGAAGAGCUGUGGAAUGAGUAUUGCGCGUGGUUCGAGUACGACCUACAGGAAUCCUUUGAGUCCGUCUCUCUCGGAUCCCUCUAUAACUUCUUCGACUGGCUGCUAGGCCAGAAGGCCGGCAAGAACGGUAGAAAGAAGCGGGGAACGAAGAAGAGCAGCUCACUAGGGACGUACUGGAAGGUGUUCCGACUUGUCUACGAGAGGGCCACCGGCACGAAGCUCGAUGCGAAGCUGAACCGGAAAAUGCACAGGGUGCUCAAAAAGCUCGCCAAAAAGCAUAGGCUAAGCGACCAGAAGCGCGAGAACAGGUGCAUGACAGUUGACGACCUCAAGCAACAAGUUGAGACAACGCUAGGCACGACGGAGAAGUCCUUCUCUCUAGGAGAGCUCCGAAUUCUCUGCGUCCUGUUCCUCCUACUACUCGCUCCUACCGGCGCUCGCCCUGCCUCAGUGCUCAAACUCCGCUACCGAGAUAUCCGAGUCGUACUGUCCCGAGACCCAGACAGUGGUCCGUACAAAGUCCUGAUCAGGUUCACGCUGGAGUUCACCAAGACUUAUCUCGGUACUAAAGAUACAUAUACCGUGACCCUCCCUGAAAUCUUGUUCGACGACUCGCUUAUGCUCAGCCCCCAUGUCUUCCUCGAAGGUAUCCUCUUUAGGCACCGGGCCUUCGAGGCACCGAGUCUGACCUGCCCUGAUGCAGUUAGCAGGCUCGACAUCCACCCGGGCGAGUGGGAGUUACCUUUACCGCUCAAACCAAGCAUGGAUGAUGUUUAUAUCUUCCAUCAAGCUGUCAAGACGCUGGUCGGAUACAAGAUGUCCCCAACCGAGCCCAUCAAUCCUGCAACAAUCGCUGGAUGGGUCAGGAGAGUUGGCAAGCUCACGGGGUUCGAGGUCCCGACGAUCCCAUACAACCUACGAUAUAAUGCUGCCAAUAUGUUUGAUAGAAGUAGUAGUGUAAGCGACACAACCAGAAAUCUCAUGCUGGAUCACGCAAACUCGAAUCCGUUCCAGAGGCACUACCUAGGGCGCCAACUUGCGGUCGACUCGUAUGCCCUUAUCCGCGGGCUAGAACCGUAG